CGCGUUGACACUGACACCCAACCGCAAGAUUCUGCAGACAGAGCUGGAGCUUACUUAGCUCUGACAGAGUAGAGUGCUGAGGGGUGUAGCAAGAUGGCGAUGGUGGACGCGGAGGCUCCCUUCCUUACGGAAGACGCGGUCGAUGAGCCACCGCUUGCCGGCAUCUCCGACUUCCGUGGCCGCCCCGUCAGACCCGUCUACAGCAGCACCUCCGGCGGGUGGCGCUCCGCCCUCUUCGUCGCCGUGAUGGAGGUCGCCAGCGCUUUCGCCUACUACGGCGUGUCGGCGAACCUGAUCACGUACCUGACGGGGCCGCUGGGCCACUCCAACGCCGCCGCCGCUGCCGCCGUGAAUGUCUGGUCGGGAACGGCCACCCUGUUGCCGCUGCUGGGCGCCUUUGUCGCCGACUCGUGGCUGGGGCGCUACCGAUCCAUCAUCCUCGCCGGCACUCUCUACGUCCUGGGGUAUGCCAUGAUCACUCUAGCAUGUGUGCUCACGGCGCAACAUCCAUCGUUAUCGGGUGACACCUCUUCCCAUACUUUGUCGCUGCGGGUGGCGUUCUUCUACACCUCCCUAUACCUCAUCGCCAUCACGCAGGGCGCAGACAAUCCAAAUGCAUUGGCCUUUGCCGCUGACCAGUUCGAUUCCAACCACCCCAGGGAAUGCGUCGCCCGUAGCUCCUUGUUCAACUGGUGGUACUUCUCACUGGCUGUAGGUAUCACUAUUUCUGUUGGUGUAGUCGGCUACAUACAGGAGAACCUUGGCUGGGGAAUUGGGUUUGGCAUGCUCUGCACCAUCAUGCUCGGUGCCUUAGUUGAAUUCUUCUACGACCAGAUGCCCGGUGAGCUACGCAGCUUGGGCAUGUCACUCUACUAUAGCGUGAUCGGCAUGGGCAACUUCAUCAGUGGCGCUCUGAUCUCCCUGAUCGACCGCAUCACCAGCCGCGGUGGUGGCGACAGCUGGUUCGCGGACAAUCUCAACCGUGGGCACCUCGACUACUUCUACUGA